GAAUAAGCUGCCGUCUAUUUUUGGAAUUUAUCGUGGCCAUGUUUUUUCCCCCCCUUUCUCUGCUUUUGUGUUAAUGUAGGUUUUUAGACCAACGACCUACGUGUUGUUUUAUUCAUGUCUGGCAGAGCUGUGAGCAUCAACAGCCUUGACCGUAUAGAUUUUCGCUUCUCAAUGGAAGACAGCUUUCCACUCGCUGCGAGCAAAGGACUGCAGCACAUAUUCGCUUUACGUGUGUAUUCUCACAGAGAAGCGAUGGACUCUUUCUAAAUGAAGCUUUGAGAGAGAAGGGCGCAAGCACCAGACCUGUCGGUGUUUGAUCGGGGAGCGAGCCGUUUUCACGCCGGACGCUGAACGGCUCGUGUUGGCGGUUGUGGAUACCGUGGGUGGAAAGCCUUUUCACAUUUUGAUCUUUACUACCCAGUAGCAAGGGUGGGAGGUCAAGGUGGGAUACAUGGAUUUCACAAGGGGAGAAGAUUGAUUAGAAGGUUCAACUUCCUGCAGAAGUGAGACAUUGACCCUUUCCAAGCUUUUUGUCGACACUGGUCAAAGAGCUUCCCCCCACUAUUUUCCAGUGCACCCUGUCUCUGCUGCUAACUCUUACUCUAACUCUCAUCAUGGGUACAGUGUUAUCACUGUCUCCUAGCUACCGCAAGGCUGCCUUUAUUGAGGAUGGGCCAGCCACGGUGGGCCACUAUACAGCCGUCCAGAACAGCAAGAAUGCCAAGGAUGCUGCUGCUGCAGCAAAGUCCCUCAAACGCCCCUCAAUUAUCAGUGUGUUGCCAUGGAAACGUAUUGUGGCUGUAUCAGCAAAGAGGAAGGGGUCUAAGAAAUUACAGUCAGAAAGUGGGGAUGGAGGGAAGGGGAGCUCUCCAGAUGGCCAUGCAGCCGCCACAGCCAACUCACCCUCCAAUAGCCUGAAGCUCAAGAAGUCUCAGUCCUGCGCUAACCUCUCAUCUUACUCAUCCAGCCAGGAUCCAGCAGCCACCACUACCACUACCUCCUCCCACCUGCCCACCUCCAAAACCCUGGCUAACGUAGCUAAUGUCGUUGCCAAAAAGAAUUCCCUCACAGGUUCUGGUAUCCAGCCUUCCACUGCAGCUGGAACACCAAAACGUGUCAUCGUUCAGGCCUCCACGAGUGAACUUAUGCGCAGCCUGGGUGAGUUCCUGUGCCGUCGGUGUUACAGAUUAAAACGUUUAUCCCCGACAGAUCCAGUGCUUUGGCUGCGCAGCGUGGACCGCUCCCUCCUUCUUCAGGGCUGGCAGGAUCAGGGCUUCAUUACUCCGGCCAACGUGGUCUUCCUCUAUAUGCUGUGCCGCGAUGUGGUCUCAGCUGAGGUAGCCUCAGAGCGUGAGCUGCAGGCCUCGCUGCUUACCUGCCUCUACCUGUCCUACUCCUACAUGGGCAACGAGAUCUCCUACCCACUGAAGCCCUUCCUGGUGGAAGCGGAGAAAGAAGCCUUCUGGGACCGCUGCCUGGACAUCAUCAACCGCAUGAGUGGCAAGAUGCUCCAGAUCAACACCGACCCACACUUCUUUACCCAGGUGUUUGCUGAUCUGAAAAAUGAGAGCAAGAAAGAAGAAGAGAAGACCAAGCUCCUCAUAGGUCUUGACCGAUAAGAGGGUGCUGGGAGGGGGGAAGGAUGGAUCGAUGGAUAGAAAGUUGAUAGGUUGAGGACAGGAAGACUAAUUUAAUGUAGUGUAAUGCUACCUUGGAGCAGUAAUGUUGUCUGGCGUCUCUACUGGUGAUGAUCAACCAAAUUUUCCAGUCAGGAGAUUGGGUUAGAACUUCUUGGAUGAAACACAGUAUUGAUAUAAUUUCAGGAGGUUAAUGAGGCACUUAAACAGUAACAGGCUUUUUACCUGAAGGCUGAAGUUAAACAACAAACCAGGAAAAGUAAGGGUUGCUGAGGUUCUUCCCAAACCACCAGUCACAUUGACCGGAUCUGAUUAGAGUCUCAAGAGUAACAGACUGCUUGUUGGUAUUCAACAUCCAGGUCCCUCAGCUCAGGAUAACAAAUUUUAAAGCAGAGAUAUGAUCACUGAAAUUUCCAGCAGCAUUUUAACUGACAGAGCAUGCAGGCAAAGUUGUGUUUUAUCAAAAGCAUAGCUAGCAGGGAUCAUAAUGUGACAUUAACAGUCUGAUGGGGAGAGAGAACUUUUGUUUUUACCUUUUGCCUUGGGUGUACAGACAUUUAUCAAUCUGGUGUUUACCUUGUUUUAGUGAAAUAAGGAAUAAAGUCCCCAUUGAAGUUUUAUUGUGAAAAUGAAUGAGUUUAGAGACGCCAGACAACACAGAUUUAGUAAUUGAGGGUGGAUACACAUACACAUAUAUACUAUAUAUGUAUAUGGUAUAUAUUUAGCAUCGAGGCAUUUUAGCUAUAGAGAACUGAACCACAUUGCAUGAGGUCGCUUCAUAUGUCCUUGCACAUGACACUUGCUUAUUGCCAACUCCGCUUUAUCUUAUUCCUAAAGCCCUUCCCAAGCUUUAUUGCACUCAUCAAAAGUGGCUCUGCAUUCUUAGAACAUAGAGAGUAUUAACAUACAUAACAUGGAUGAGAUUGAGUCAACCAGAUUGUUAAAUUGGCAUUCCUAUUAAUUGUACUGUAGUGGAUUUAUGUAUCCACAGAUUAUGUAAAGUACUGUAGUUUUAAAGCAACAUUUGGGUUUAUCCAGUCAAAUAUUCUAGGAAUUAGGAGACUGGCUGUCUAUUUUUAAGAGUACAAAACACUAAUCCUUUUUGGCACAGAUUAAUAAUCAUUAAACAAGCCCUUGUGUAAGCUGUUUACAUUUACAAAGACAUGGGAAAAUGCAAUACUGACCCCUCCAGGGCACAUUUUACACAGGGAAUGAUCUCGUUAAUUUUUCUUACCCUGCAUUUUCUCCUGCAGUCCAUAUUGGUGCUGAAGGAAGGAAGGAAGAAAGAAAGAAAGAAAGAAAG